CAUUAUUUUAUACUACGAAGCGUACGCUGAAUUACGAGCACAAGAUGGCGGCGGUCUGGUACGGCAGAGUUUUACGGCGCUGAGAGUCAUGAAAAAUUCCUGUGGUUGAAUUAUUUAGAAAGCAAGUGCUGAGGACACAUUUAGCAACGCGCAUUAUGGAUUCUCCGCGUACACGGAAGAAGCGAGGACCAUAUAAGAGUUACCUGGACCCAGACGCGGCAUUUCAGCUUCCCCUGUCCACCGCAAAAGCCUACAGACAACGAGCUAAAGCCUCUUCAAGCACGGACUCAUGUACUGGAGUCGACGACAGCCUAUGGGAUGCUUCUGUUAAUGAAACUUCACCGCAAGUACGUCUCGAAGAAAACAUCAGAAGUUCCCACUCCCACCAGUACGCUGCGCAGUGUCUUCCUGCUGCGGAAGCCGCUUUGAACUACAAUUCUGAUGCUCAGGAAGUUUUGAAGCAUUGUUUUGAUUGUGAUGUCCCAACACAAGAGCAGGGAAGGACCUCAGCCCAGAACGACAUCGAUGAACAAAAAGUACGGUCAAUCACCACCGAUUCGGACCACGGAAGCUUGCCUGAUAUGACUGAAGUUCAGCACAGUAGCACGCUGAGACCCCCACACCACCGUACCACCGCCAUGGCGCCCGGCCAGCCGGUCACAGGAGAAAUCUGCGCAGAAGGCGUAUUUUUUCGUCAGGCGCAGAAGAGAGAAUCACGUGAUGCCCUCGCCCGUUGCAGCGGUUAAUUUCAAACUGUUCGAGACGCCGCUGGAGGAUGGAGCUGAGGAACAUGUCGGCUUCUCGAUAGGAGUGCGGUAAUUUCCAGCGCGAACAGGUCAAGCACAGGUUCAGUGAGUAUCCCUCGUAGGUAACGGAUGCACCACAUGCGGCCACAGUCUAUACAGGUAAACGGGCGUGGUGUCUUUGUUUAUAAGCGUUUGUUUAAGACUCUAUUGUUCUUCCAGUCGAUUCAGCCCACCGAGUUCAUGAAAAUGAAAACGAUCCUGGCUGUGCUUAUAGGCAUAUUAGCGUGGUGUGCUACUUUUAGUUUGUGGUCGAUUCACUGUAGUUUUCAUCUUACAUAUUCUUUUAGGACUCGGAAAGUGUCUCUUUGAGCAAGCUUGGAAUCAUUUACCGUCUAAUGCGCUACAGUGUUCUUUGACGGCGGAACUUCUACUUGGCCGGUGAGUUCCAGCGAUUGGAAAACACGAAGGAACAAUGAAAUCGGUAGCCGUUCAUAAGGCAACAAGGGACCAGAGGCUACAGUGGCGUCGCUAGCAGGCAGGACCCGAGCUAAUUAUACUGAUGCAACACCCAAGUGCCUACGUGUACAGAUAAGCAGAGGUCCCAGCACAACCACAAGCCAAUAGUGCAGAAGAUAAACACGAGGGCUAUAGCAAAUUCAAGUCAACGCUUAUGCCAUAUGUGCUUUGGCCAUUUGGUGAACCACUUCAGAGGGGAACCGUUCCUGAGGACAGUUCAUCAUUCUGCAACUUUUUUGAGGAACUGGUUACUGGGAAAGUCGUGGUGACCAAGGGUGAUAUGCAGCUUAUGGUGUUCAAAUAUGCACUGCAAAAUAAAUUGUCUUUGACGGGAGUCAAGGGCUUGAUGGACA